AUGGCGCCAAACUUCGAAGAACUUCGCGUCUCAAUCAAAGAAGGCGAUGUGCUCCUGCCUGGUGAUGCUGGCUACGAUGACAGCCUGAAGCGAUGGAGCGCAACGUCUAUCAAACCAGCGGCCGCGGUAGCUCGACCCAAGACGGCGGUUGAAGCCUCGGUGACCAUCCGCUUCGCUGCCAAGCACUCCAUUCCUCUGCACGUAUGCGGGGGUGGGCACAACCCCUCUGGUGAAUCCGCGGCCUCCAGUCCGGAAGCUAUGGUUUUGAAUCUGGCUCAUAUGCGCAACGUCUCUGUUAACCCUUUGGCCCAGACUGUCAGUUUUGGAGGUGCCUGUACAUGGGCGGAUGUCGAUAGUGCCCUUUGGGAACACGGACUCGCGACUGUUGGUGGUACCGUCAGCCAUACAGGUGUGGGCGGACUGAUCCUUGGUGGAGGCUACGGAUUGCUUACGGGGCGUCAUGGCAUGGCCGUCGAUGUUCUUCUGAGCUGCGAGGUGGUGCUCGCCAACGGUGAAAUCGUGACAGCUUCCGAGACGGAGAAUCCUGAUCUCUUCUGGGCCCUCAAGGGCGCCGGUUCCAGUUUCGGCGUUGUGACGACUUUUACUUCUCGUGCAUUUCCACAGGGCGAAGUUUGGGCAGGCAUCAUGGCCUGGCCUUUCGAUUUUCUCCCACAGCUGGUAGACUUUGUGAACGAGUUUCAUGGGAAGACAGAUGGUGAUCAGAUGUUCAUGCCCAUGAUGAUAUGUGAUCCGCAUACCGGUGCGAGGCUAUGUGGAGCAUCUGUCUUCUUCAAUGGCACCAAGGAAGAUGGCGAGGCAUUCUUCAAGCCGCUGCGAGACUUACAACCAAGACUGAUGGAUACGAUUGGAGCGAUUCCGUACCCCAAAGCCAACAUGAUCGCAGAUGCCAUGGCGACACCUGGCCGUAGAUAUAUGUUUGGUGGUGCUAACUUCACCUGUCCCCUUGACAUCCAGACGGUAAAGGAUGCGGCCGAGGAGUUCUACAAGGGGCUCAACAAGCCUGGCAAUGAAGAAUUGAGGACAAGUGCAUUGGCUUUUGAGGUCAUUCCACAAGGCAAAAUAAACGAAUACGGCAAAGAGGACAAGACAAGCUUUUCAGCGCGUCAGGGCAAGUACAAUGUCGCCACGAUCGUGUCCUGGGACACGGCGGAAAAAGACCAGGAAGCCAAAGACAUUGCCACAAAAGCCACCAGUAUUUUCAAAGCCAAGUACUUGAAACAAGCCGCAGAGACUGGCGAAGCUGAUACAUACUACAACUAUCUGGAUCCGGCCGUGCCUACGGAUAGAGCAUUAUUGAAGACGGGCAGAUUGUUCGGAGGAAAGACGCCGAGGCUGAGAGAGCUUAAGGCAAAAUACGAUCCGACCAACGUAUUCUUCAAGAACGUGAAUUUGAUGCCAUUGUCGAACUGA